AUGGCGAAAAGGAUAUUUUGGGAAAAGGCGAACGCCCCAAGUGGAACAACCGAUGCGGAGGUUUCUGAACGAGACGUAUUGAAUUUUGAUAUUCGGGGCGUCAAGUUUGAACUACUGGCUGAUGUUGUGGACGAAUAUCCUGACACUACUCUUGGGCGUCUUGCAGAACAGUAUCAGCAUCUGCCUGAACUGGAGAGGAACGUAGUAUACGUGUUUGAUAGGGACCCGAAUGUUUUUAAGGCAGUCAUACAAUUCUACAAAACUGGGGAACUGCACCACCCGUCUGUAGUUUGCGCCACCAUCUUCAAGAGGGACAUUGAGUUCUGGCGGAUCACCUGCCCCGUUGCGCCCUGCUGCUCUCCGGCCUACCAGGAAGCCCACAGCAACACUGAUGUGAUUAGGCAAUUCAAGGAGACCAUCAUCGACGAGAAAAACCUGUUAUCAGACUACGUUUUCCAUCACAAUGGGAGAAGAUGGAGGCCGCGACUUUGGUACUUCAUGACGUACCCUUCAUCGUCACUUGGCGCAAAGGUCUAUGCAGUUUUUGUCUACUUGCUCGUCGUGCUCAACAUGAUCCGAAUUAUCGUGGAGCAGAACUCACACAGCUUCUCAAGCCAGUUGCACUCCAUCACCUCCAACCUAACUGAUGAAGAAGACGUAACAGAUCAAGAAGACACCAUAUUGUGCAAAGUAAUCCUAUCGGGAUAUCUCGGAACUAGUAACUUCAUAAUGGCCUUUAACAUCGCCGAUAUGGUAGUUGGUGUAAUAUUUGCAUUCGAUAAUUUUUUGCGUCUGAUCUCUGCACCAAAGAUCAAGACAGCGUUCCUCUCCUAUCGAAACAUCGUCGAGUGCGUCUGUCUAUUCCCGUCACUAGCAUUCUUUCUCUACUGGCAAGGGGUCGUUUGGCUCCAGUCAUGUGACCACAGCAGUGCCACCUGGAUUCCGUUGCUAUGGCACCUGAAACAGCUACGUGGGCUCCAACUGUGCGUGCUAUUGAUACACUACAUGCCGUGCCGGGUGCUGUUUUUCGUCAUCAAAUAUAACGUAAAGCAGGGAAUGAUAAGCGUUUUCUUCCUGGCCGUCUUCACUUUCACGCUGACAAUGGGGGCGCUAGUCCUAGUCUUUGAACGUCUGGGAAGCGGCGACUGGAAAAGUGAAGAUUUCAACACAGCAUUUGAUGCCUAUUGGUGGGUCAUAAUUACCAUGACAACCGUAGGCUACGGCGACGUCGUACCACACUCGAGUCUCGGGAAAGUCAUAGGUGUUGUAUGCGCCCUAUCCGGUAUUCUCCUAUUGGCCGUCAUGGUCCCACUGAUGACCAAUAACUUUACCGUCGUGUUAAACUACUCCCGUGACCUUGAUAUUCAUCCGCGGAAAGAUUCGUCCAAUGAGGAUAAGAGGCGUAAGAGCAUAGCCCCGGGGGAAACUUAUAAACUAAUUAAAACAAAAUCUGUGUAUGCUUAA